GAAUGUGCAAACUUUCUCAGACAGGUGUGGCUCCGCAGCACCGGAGUGGCAAUUAACUCCGUUUUCGUUGUUUCGUUACAUGUCACUCACCCUUUUAAGGAGAAUGGGUUGCAGAGCGAAUGCUCGACUGACCACCUUCGCUUCCAUAGCUAACGGUGCUUUCCGUGUAGGCUAACGUUGCAAGCCGCAGAAGGACACAAUGGAGACGGCAGUGGUGAACCUGUACAACCAGGUCCAGAGUUUACGGGCCCAGGUAGACUGUCUGAAUGAGACCGUCGAACCACAAUUUCUCGAGAUGGCCAUAAACUUUGAGGACUGCCGUAAGAAGUGGCUGCAGUCAGGUGAGCAGCUGCUGUCCUGCAAAGAGAUGCUGGCAAAAGCAGAAACCGAGAGGGGAGCUUUGGAGGUCAAAUUGAAGCAUGCACGCAACCAAGUGGAUGUAGAGAUCCGGCGGCGGCAGAAGGCUGAAGCUGUCUAUGAGAAGCUGGAUCGUCAGUUACAGCUCAUCCGGGACAUGCUGAUAGCAGAGAGCAGUAGCAGCAUACAUCUAAGUGAGGAGCAGCGCUCUGCCCUGGCCUUCCUUAGUGCUCACUCCCAGGCUGCACAGGCUGCUAAGUCCAACAUUAACUCCAGCAGAAGGUUGACGACCAUUGAUGAAUCAACCUCCAUAAUGUCGGACAUUAGCUUUGAUCAAACCGACGACUCCCUGGCCUGGGAUUCUUCUGUCAUGAAAACUGUGAGAUUGCAGAAACGUCCGAAACGACGUUCCUCUCGCAAACUUGAGGUUCCUCCACAAGCGAUGAAGAAACCUCGCUCCACAGGACGUGCAUCUGAGCGGAUAAAUGACUCCAUAGUAGCCAAAACCACCAUCACUGUGCCAGUAAAUGGGGGUGCUGUUGAGGCCGUCUCAACUAUCGAGACAGUCCCCUAUGUGACACGCAGGAGAAAAAAGAGUGUUGCCCAAGCCUGGGCUGAAUCAACCUCUACUGAGCUGUCUGAAAUCAACAGUGAAGCACCCAACACUCCAGCCUCUGAUUUUCCUCCUUACCUCCAAACCCCCAAAGCCAAUGGAGGCAGAAGAAAGCAGCAUCAGUUUGUCGCCAAAACAGUGAUCAAAUCGGAGUUCUGUCCACCAUGUGGAAGAAGAACAAAGUUUGGCAAGAUGUACCUUCGCUGUCAGGACUGCAAAAUGGCGACCCAUCCCGAGUGCCGCGACUGCUGCCCCCUGCCAUGCAAUCCUGUGGCCAUCAGGACUCCCGUCAGGACUGCAGAGAGCACCCUGGCUGAAUUUGCUCCGGUCACGUCUCCCAUGAUCCCAGCUUUACUCAUCUAUUGCAUCAAAGAGAUUGAAAAAAGGGGUCUCCAUGAGGUUGGCCUGUACAGAAUCUCUGGCCAGGAGCGUCAGGUGAAAGUGCUGAAGGAGAAGCUGAUUCGAGGAAAGACUCUGCCACCACUUAACAAAGUAGACGACAUCAACGUCAUCACCAGUGUUCUUAAAGACUUUCUCAGGAACCUUCCUGAGCCAAUUCUCACCUUUGGCCUCAACAAAACUUUCAUGGAAGCAGCUGAAAUCCAGGAUGAUGGGAACAGUCUUGCCUUGUUGUACCACACCAUCAGCGAGCUGCCUCAACCCAAUCGAGACACUCUGGCCUGCCUCAUGAUCCAUCUGCAGAAAGUGUCCAAGAGUGUGGAUACAAAGAUGGACGUGACAAACUUGGCCAAGGUGUUCGGACCUACCCUUGUGGGCCACGCUGUUCCAAACCCAGACACGAUGACUAUCCUGAGUGACACAAGCAGACAACCACGGGUAAUUGAGCACCUGUUUAGUAUCCCGACAAGCUACUGGAAUCAGUAUGCCUAUCCGGAUAAUCUAGACAUGGCGGAUACUAACUUCACAGAGACUCCAAAUUGUGAUGUAAGCAUACUGGGACCACUGACCACUCCUGAACACCAGAUGACAAAGACGCCCUCCUCCAGCUCGCUGUCAAAACGUAUGAUGCAGACCCUCUCUAGCACCACCAUAUUUGCGGGAAAGAGCAAAGCAUCUGCUAACCCUGGGGGUAAGUUCUUCGAGUCUCCACAUCUGAAGUAACGGCCAACUGGAGAUACAAAAAAAAAAACGCUGAUAAUGAGUUCUGUAUUACUUGCUGCAAUAACAAGCUCUAUUUCCACAAGAAUGUGAGUACAACUAAUGUGCAAUUUUAGCUUAAGAAUGCAUUAUAUAGAUAUAUAUAUAUCUUUCUUUCUAAUCAGAUUUGUAAACAUGAAGAAUGUGUAUACAUUUGAAUGAUCUUUGAUUCCUACAGUAUGUCCUGAGUUACUAUGGACCAAAAUUGUGCUAAUGAGGUUUCAAUGCUUUGACAACGCAACUGCAGUUCAUCUGUGAGAAGGAUCUUUUCCUUUGUGUGCGCAAUCAUCCAUUGAUGGAUGUGUGGUUGUAACCACAGCCUCAGCUGGAGCAGCAAAUGAAACUGGGCCAAAGGGAGAAGAAAAUGAAACAUUAGUUUGGCUUUAGAAUCUUGUCAUUGAACAUGCUUUAGACACUGUAUUUAAUGUUUGUUCUGUGGUUAAGCGAUUAUCAAUCAGACCAAUCUAUAUGCCUAUGUAACACUACUAAUAACACUGCUACUGAAUGGGAAUUACGCAAUAUUUUGCACUGUAUCUAUCCAACAAACUAAAUAGGUAUACUUACCAGUUACCACUAGAGGCUGCUGUUGUAUCACUGUUAUGCUUUCAUUAUAUGAUCAUGCUAUUAUUGUAACUGACUUCUAUGAUUGCCUUAAUUGAGGACAGCACACUCUGUAUUGACUCACUGGAUACUUAUUAAUGUAGAAACAGUCCAUUCAAGCAUUGUGUGCCAACAUCUUAACGACUGCCAUUAUAUUAUGUUUGCAUUUUAGACCUAAUACAUUUGUAUGGCUGCCUUUGCCUUUUUUUUUUUUUUUUUUUAAACUAGACAAGGACAAAGUUUGUAACAAAACACGAUACAAAUGAGUCAGUAGUGCAUUGCAUUCAUUUUAAUGAAGUGUUUGGGAAUUACAAAGAAACUGUCAUCCAACUGGUUUUGCUUCUU